CUGCCUCCACACACACACACAGGCGUCCUUAAUCCCAUCUAGGGGCCUGGCUUCCCCUCCUCAGAGUCCCCGUGCCCUGACACUACUUUCUUUCCCAGCUCUGGGUGGUGCCAACGAUGCUGAAGACUGCUGCCUGACUGUGAACCAGCGCCCCAUCCCUGGGAACAUCGUGCGAGCCUUUCGCUACCUCCUCCUCAAGGAUGGCUGCAGAGUGCCUGUCGUUGUGUUCACCACAGUGAGAGGUCACCAGCUCUGUGCCCCCCUAGUCCAGCCCUGGGUGGAGCACAUCAUCCGGAAACUGCAGAAGAACUCUGUAAAGAGCAAGCGCCACAGCAGUUAGCCCAUGACAGUCCCGGAGGAGGCCCUGUGUCUGAGUGAAAGGAUGUGAAUCACUGUGACCCCGGGGAAGCCAGGACCAGAAGGAGCUAUCAGGCCUCCAGCUCCCCUGCACCAGACCUGACCCAGCUGGGUUGUCAGUGUGAGUGCGAGUGAGAGUGAGGAGGUGAGGGGCAGGAGCACAGCUCCUCCUCGCCCAGACUGCAGUGCUUCCAAUAAAGGCCACUGGCACCCA